GGACGCAGGAAGGGUGAGAUCACAUCUCCCUGGAGUCCCGUGCAACCGGCUUUUCAGAGCCUCGCCAUGAGCCGGCAGACAGAGCCCCACAAGGCGCAGACCGUGGGCUUCUCCGUCCUCCCUGAGCAGCCGACUUUGCCCAUGUCUCAAUACGGCCCCAGCUCGGACUUCAAGGAGGCUUUGGACAGUAGUCCCGAGGCCAAUGCAGAAGAUGAAAAGACAGAGGAGGACAUGCCCAUGCCCAAGUCUCUGAACAGCUACAACGAAGGAGACUUGGAAGGAGCCAGGCGGCUGGGGAGGAAUGCCAAGUGGGUGGCCAUCGCGUCCAUCAUCAUCGGCCUUCUGAUCAUCGGCAUCUCUUGUGCCGUGCACUUCUCGAGGAAGUAA